AUGCUCGUUGAAGACGUGUAUAAAAGCCUUCAGGGCCAGAAACUGGCCAUUCCAGACCUACGACCAGUUUAUUCGAAUUGGAAAACGGCUGUGAACAUUCACUACCCGAAGCUGGUUACCGAGAUCAACACUUAUCUCGACAAAUGGGUAACUGAAGAAGCUGUCCGAGAGGCCUACAAGAAGGCUGACCUGGCCUUCCUCCCAUCAAGACUCAAGACAAUGGGAUUAUUCACUGCAGCCGUUUUUGUCAUGGACGACUCGAUUGACAAGGAGUUCAGCGGUGCCGAAGACGACUAUGCUGCAGACUACGUUGCUGCCGAUGAGUUGCGAAAAGACUGCGUGGCGUUUAUGAGAGAACAGCUCCGACAGUCCACAAAAAGACCCUUUGAGCCCACUCCUGCACCCAAGGAGAUCUCUGGAUUCUCCGAGGUUGCCAAAGCUCUGCUGAAGAGUGAUCCGCGACAGGUACAGCUCCCAAUGUUGGCCAAGGACCUUGAGGAUUUCAUUGAAGGUUCCGCGCCAGAACAGGCUUUCAAGCUCCGCGGAAGUUUACCCACCGUUGAGGAAUACUGGUCCUUCCGUCACUUUGUUGGAUGUGUCCUUUGCUAUUCAACACUUCACCAGUAUGUAGCCGAUACAAAUCUGCCCAUGGAGCUAGCUUGGUCCGAGGAAGUCAUGGCAAUGAGAACAGAGACCAGUUUCCAGCCUUGCGUUUGCAAUGAUUUGUUCUCGCUCAAAAAAGAAAUUUGUGAACGUUCGGUCACGAACCUGAUUCCCAUCAUGAUGGCACACUCACAAAAGUCUCUAGAUGAAGUCAUGUCCGAGCUGAUUGGACAGUUGUAUGCCUCGGCAGAGAGAUUCGAUGCGGCAGCAGCGGCAUUGCGAACCAAGGGUCAGAGAUAUGAGCCUGCUGUCCAGUCUCAACUGGAGCGAUUCAUUCAAACAUUUGAAACUUUCCAGACUGGCUGCUUUACAUUCUAUGUUCGAUCAAGGCGUUUCAAAAUACUGGACUUCAAGAAGGAGGAUGAGAGCUUUGUGAUACCCCUAUAG